AUGAGCGAAGCUACUCGUACAAAUACUGCAGGUACUACGAUACCAAUAGAUGCUAGUGAAUCGUUAUUAAUUGAUGGAACUGAUGUUCGAACAAAAGUUGGCCAUGUUGCCAAGUUCAAUCAAGAUGGAGACAAUAAUGAUCUUGACGAUAAUAUUGUACUCGAUGACUUAGAUAAUUAUAAAAAACCAAAAGGUUCUAAUGAAUUUGUUGGAUUAACUAAAGAGGAAUUAAAACAAUAUAUAGAUAAUCCAAAAUGGAAACAUGUUCGUUUGUUAAUUGCUAUUUUAUACAUCUUAUUACUUGUAUUACUGCUUGUUGGAUCAAUACUUUUAAUCGUAUUUUCACCAGGUUGUCCACCAAAACCGAAACUUCAUUGGUAUCAAAAAGAGAUAAUCUAUGAAAUCGAUGUCAUGGUAUUUCGCGAUUCGAAUGCAGAUGGUAUCGGCGAUAUUAAAGGUGUCCAAGAAAACUUAAAUUAUUUCGAAAAAAAUAAUAUUAAAUCAAUUCUGUUUCAAUCAACAAUAUUCAAUGUAACAGGUGGAACAUCACUUCAUUUAGAUGGACAACGCGCUUAUGAUAAAAAUAUUGAUUUACUACAAAUUGAUCCAUUAGUUGGAAGUGAUAAUGAUUUACAAGAUUUAUUGAAAAUUUUUAACCGAAGAGAUAUGCAUUUCAUUAUCGAUUUGCCACUAUCAUCAAUACUUGAUCCCAAUGGUAAAUCAUGGUAUGGUUCGACUCCACUACUUAAUAAAAUCGAUAAUCCAUGUACUACAAGUGCACGUGAACCAAAUUUUGGUUGCAUGUAUUAUAAAUCAUAUGGUCGAUUACCGCUUGAUUUUAGUGAUGACAAGAUUCUUGAGCAAGCAACAGAUCGUCUGCGCCAUUGGUUUUCAUCGAAAAAAGUCGAUGGUAUUCGAGUUGAUCUUCCACUUUUUUGGAAUAAAACCACACGUUCCUAUGAUGUAUCUUAUAAAGCAAUCAAUCAAUGGAAUGAUACUAAAAAUGAAAUCGAAAAGAAUUCCAAACCAAAAUUACUUCUAAUGGAUAUUCCAUUUGGCUUACAAGAUCUUAUUACUAAUAGGGAUUUAAGUAAUCAAGUAUCACAUCCAUUAUUUAUAUUUAAAGAUCAAACAAGACCUUCCAUAAAUGCUCACUCAUUUGAUCAACGUAUAAGAUUAUUCGAAGGACGUGAUUUAUCAAAACCACAAUUUUGGCAGUUGGGAUCAAAACGAAGAAGUGAUGAUGUUGGUAUUGUUCAUGAGAAUCAAUUACCCAGAGAAAUCGUUCUGACCACUAUCAUGCUACUCGGUGGAACACCUGUCGUACUUUAUGGUGAAGAAAUCGGUCUUAAUCAAAAAUCUUUUCCAUUAAUGCCAUGGAAAUCCACUGGAGAACACAGAGGAUUUUCUUCGUGUUCUACCAAUUCAACAAAUAAUUGUAAAAGCUUUAUUUCAUCGUUGCAAACUGGUAAUCCAACAACAAGUGUUAAACGUCAAGAAGCAUUAGGUGGACAAUCACAAGAUUCAUUAUUAACUGUUUUCCGCUAUUUGUCAAAAUUACGUGAAUAUGAAUCAUUUCAAUUCGGCUUGUUAGAAUACGGUUAUGACCAAAACAACAAUAUAUUUUGGUUUAUAAGAGAAGCACCAGGUCAUCGAGGAUACGUUACUGUUUUCAAUUUAAACCAAGGUCCCGAUGAAAAAGCGCAUAUAUCAUUAUAUGAUUUAACUAAAGCUGAUGUGCCAUCGCAUGUUCAUUAUGAAUAUCAAUGGCCAAAAGCUCAUUUGUCAACAUCAAGAGAAACUCGUAUUAAUUCGGAUAAUUUAUUUAUUCAUCCUCAAUCAGUUAAUAUAUUUUGGUGGGGAGCAAAACUUCAGAAGCCAAAUAUUUUAUUCAAAACUGUAAAAGAACAUUCACAAAAUCAUUAA